GUAGCAGCAGCCACAGCAGCCACGACUACUUGCUCUUGAGCCAGGCGCUGAUGGCGGUGUUGAUGUCAGUGCCGGAGGCGUUGCGGGUGCUGGGGGGGCACCAGGAGGUGCUGGAGACGCUGGGGAUGGCGGGCAAAGGCGGCACUGGCGGUGGCGGCGGCGGUGAUAGCGGCGGCGCUCUUGCUGCCUGGGAGGUGGGCACGGAGAUCCUGGAGGAGGCGCGCGGGUACCUCGAGGCCCUCCAGCAGCUGCGCGUGCUCAAGGACGACGUGGCACAGCUGCAGCAUGUGUCUGCGUGGCUGAGCCGCACGAUGAUCGGGCUGAAGCAGAGGUCCGCGUGGCAAGAGCGGCUCACAAAGCUCACUGGCGCGCGGACGCGCAUCGCCGAGGCUGCCGGCAUUGGCAGCGGCGGCCGCCGCGCCGCCCACCCCGGCGAUGGCAGUGCCGCCGCCGCCUCUCCCAGUGGCGAUGUCAGUAGUGCCGGCGGCGCCGCCGCCGCCUCUGCCAGUGGCGAUGACAGUGCCGGCGGCGCCGCCACCGCCAGCGACCAAGGCGUCAAACAUACUUAUAUGGAAACGCUGUGCGAGCGCUACGAGCGGCCCUUCCUGCUGGACUGGGCGCUGUGCAAUAUGCUGCUGAACGGCCGGACGGAGCUGUGCAUGUCGGCGGCCGGCGAGCGCGCCACUGCUGACACCCUCACGCGGCAGGAGUACAGCUAUGUGGAGGGACGGGACUGGACGGGGGGGGAGGUGCUUGCGGAGGGGGAGGAGAGGGACUGGGACGGCAGCCGCCGCGCCACGCGCCGCGCCGCGUUCGUGCAGGAGCUGCGGUGGGUGACGGGCAUUCGGUUCCGGUCCGAGGAGCGGGCGGACGCGGACGGCUUCGAUGUGUGGAGCUAGACGGGACUGCGACUGGCUUGGAAACCUGUCAGUGUGUGGUGGCCUGGUAGGUGCUGACUGAUGAGUGUGAGACUGAGAGUGAACCGGUGAGGUCUGCUACCGGGUCCCAAGGGUGCGGGCUGUUUGCGCGCGGCGGUUAGCCGGGAGCCGGCGUGUUAGCAUGUGCGCUUGUGUCAGUAGGCAGUGUUGCUGUGGCAGCGUUGCGGUAGCCGUACUUUGCUGCCAGUUGAUUCACUUAAUUGGUUGGGGCCAGUUUGUGAGGUUUGAGGCACUCUGCCGAUGGGGUAGUGCAUGGCGUGGUGUCGGGCAGUAGUGGCCUGAUUGCCUGUGGUGCGCUACUUGCAACGUGUAAGGCGCAAGUAAGCAUGGAGCAAGGCCGGGAAAGGUGGACACUCGUUGGUUUGACUUGCGCACGCCGGAAUGCAGUUGGCAAUCGCAACGGGUCAUGCAUGGUGCUGCGAGCCUGCGAGGCAGUGCACUUGGGCGGGGCCGUGUGUGGUGCAGUCGCGGCGCGAUCAAUGGCCGGC